AUUGUGCUGAGCUAGUACACGGGGGUUUUUUACUCCGUUGCAACACAGAUACAUGUCAGGAGCGUGGAAGGACGUUGCGGGUAAAAAUCAUGUUUAGAUUGUUAUUACGGACCGCACAUGCGGCCCGAAAGUCUUCAUUUAGUGUUUAUGAGUCCUGUUUGGCCACAUCUAAAUGUGACAAGAAUGCAGCUCAACAUUUCAGGUGAGUACCUGUGACUGAACGGCGAAUAUGACAAAACAUUGACUGAGUUAUGAGACAGAAAAGCCCUUACAAUGAUUGCGAUGCAUUAGAAUUAAUGUUUUAUCAUUAUACUUUCUUCUAAAUCAACAUUUUCGUAAUUUAGGGUUGCAAAUGGAGGUGGAGCAAGAGCCCUCAGCACAACUUCAGCCAGGCACUGUGAGAAGAAAGACGAACCUGCCCUCUCGCAGGACGAGGAGAAAAUAAAUGAAGCUAAAGAUGCUGACCCGACUGAAAAGUCAACUUUGGUUAUACAUAAAACUGAAAACAACAAACUCACAGAACAAAGUGAGCAGCCAGAGGGGUUAAAGACAGAUGAAGGAGGUGCAAUGCAGACUGGUGUUGGAGUUGAAGAGGUUGUUGCAGCAACAAAACAAGUAGAAACAGAGACAAAAGCAGAAAAGAAUGGGAAAGAGAGUCUCAUAGACCUCCUUGGAGCAAUGAAAGUGGACGUCACUACAAAGAAGAAGAGAAAUUUAAAACCGAAGAGAAUUAUUUCAGGCUCAGCCCCUCGGCCAAAUCCAGCAGAUAUGGAGAGCACCAUCAGUAUGUUUCAGAAGGCAACCAUGGAGGCAGCAUCACAGAGGUAUGACAGGACUUCUCACUGAUUUGCUUCUCCCUCUUUAAGUUCAGGUUUCUUCACACUACACUGCUCCUGUUUAAGCUCGUUAUGAUGAAUAACUUUUGAAUAUGACAAGUUAUUGGAUGCCCUGUCUGCCUUCAUCCGCUGAUUCCAGUCUCUUUGCACUGCUCUUUUAGUGAGACGCUUGAUCCAAACCUGGUUGCAGCCGCCUCUGCUGCUGCCUCCACUCUGCCAAACAGAAACCAGGCCCAGUCUGAGCUGCUCAGACAGCUUAGGGAAAACGAGGCCACAACCCAGGCUCAGAAAAAAGGAGACAUCAACCACCUUGGGUAUGUAUUGGACUUUCAAUUGCACAAUGCAAAUACAAGGCUUCUUCUAAUGAAUUCAGCAAUGUUUUUUUCAGGAUGCUUAUAGCUGACAUGAAAGUAGGAAAGCAUUAUCGCAGACAGAACUCUCGACCGUCUAAUCAGAUCCGGUUCGAUGAGGAUGGAAAAGGAUACACAGAAGAAAGACGAGAAAGAGGGGUCAGUGCUGAACUGGAUGGUGUCCGAAGGAGGUAAGAACUUGUGGCUCUUCUGCAUCCAGAUAGUUUUCCAAGCAGUCCAAGUGUUUUACAGAUUUUUUUUUUCUUUUUUUUGAGAAGAGACUUGUUCUCAGGGAGAAGACUCAACAUCUUCUCCACUGCUUCUGAUGAAGGGACAGUUGAGACCGCAGUUGGUAAUAUAUAUUUUUUUUCAUCGAGGUUUGUCAUUUCAGAGUCCUCUUCAAUAGAGGAUUAAUUGUAAUAUGUCGAGUUUUUAGCUGUUCUUUAGAAAUAAUGUAAGAUUUAUAUCAAACAUGUUUUCUUCUAAGUUGAAGUAGUGUGUUUUCUAGCUUUCUUCCUCCACACCACAUUCAUGUUGUUACACAGGGAUUUUGUUAUUCCUGCUCAAGCUGGUGAAAUGUGAUACUUGAAUAAAACUGUAUGUAAAAAAUAAAAUAAUGAUGUUCACUCUUGCUGUCAUUAUAGUUCCAGCUCAGCCAACUCUCUGGGACAUAGACUUUGCCAAUCAAUUGUCCCUAUCAACCAACCAAUUGCCCCGGAAUGGGCUUGAGGAAGUGAUCCAGUGGACCAAAGAAGGGAAAAUAUGGCAAUACCCAAUCAACAAUGAGGCUGGUAAGUCACUGUAGUUAACCCUAACAUAAAUGAGAUACAGAAUUAAUACUGAGUCCAGACAAACCAUGCCUUUUUUUCUGUUUUAGGCCUCGAGGAGGAAGCCCAAGUAAUGUUCCAUGAGCACAUUUUCUUGGAUCAACACCUGGAGGAGGGUUUUCCUCGCCAAGGACCAGUACGACACUUCAUGGAGCUGGUAGUGGCUGGUCUAUCCAGAAACCCCUACCUGACAGUCCAGCAGAAGAAGGAACACAUUUCUUGGUUCAGAGACUACUUCCACCAAAAACAGGAAAUCCUCAAAGAGGCUGAUGUUUACAUUAGCGAAGCUUAAGAUAGCUACUUGUGUUUUCAGCACUUGUUGGAUGUGGACAGAUUAAUAUAAAACCUUGUAAGCCUUGUAAGUGAGGCUUUGCAACAGAGAUCAUCUUUUACCUUGCUAGUGAAAAACCCUGCAGUGGUAACCGUGGAGACCAGUUUGAGUAGAAUAGAAUUAAGUCUGCGUUCAAAUGCAAGAAAUUUUGUUUCAAAAUUAAAUCAAACAAUGUUAAAUAUCUUUAUCAUCAGCUUGUAGCAAAAGAUAGAGGAUAAAAUCUGUGGAACUUCUUGCACACAGUAUAAAAAUGUUACAAAACAACAAGAGUACAGUCAGCUUUGCUUGUUUCAUUUUCUGCUGAAUGCCCAGUGAAUGUUAACAUUAGCCAUUAUUUACCAUUAGGACUGAGGAUCACAGGGUACAAGGGCUGGGACGAUAUGCUUUUCUCCCAAUUUGAUUCUUCUACGAUUUUUUGGAUGCCAAUUCAAUUUAAAUUUCAAUUCUACGAUAUUGUUGAUUUUCUCGAUCUUUAGUCUGCAUUUUAACACCAGUGAAACAGCCGAAUGAUUAUGAAUGUCUACCGACUUUUUCAGUAACCAUAUUUCCCAAAAAAAUACACGCCAUAUGUAAGUCAGUUUUUGAGAUUUAUUCUUAAAUUUGAAAAAAAAAAAAAAUUUGAACAAAAAAAUUGAUUUAAAAAUUGUAAAACAAAAAAUCGCGAUACUUAUGUGAACAACAUUUUUCUCUCACUCCUACAGGGUACCAUCCAAUGAGAGAUGAUACCCAAUACACUUCCCAUAAUAACCAUUGCAUCACAGUACAAUAAUUAUGCAGUAAAUGGUAAGACAAUAACUCAUUGAUAAACCACAAUACAUAUGAAUCUAAAACUACCUCCUUAGGAUGAAGUGUGGAACCAACAUAAAUAGCACUUAUGUCAGGAGCAAUGGAGUUGUGAUGCAGUGAGUCAAACUGAAAGGGAAAUCUCAAAGUCUGUAAUUUUCAAAACUUCAUGUUGAAACUUGAUGCCAGUGAGAAGAUUGCUGUGAUGCACAAACUAGGACAAACAUUUUGAGCCCUACCAAUGUUUUGCCUGCCUAACUGUUGCGCAUCACUUCUCCAUGUGGAGGCAUUGAAAGACAUUUUCGGUGUCUCAGUAUUGUCAGAGGAUGUCAUGUGAAUUGAAUUCAGAAGUUUAUAGACUUUUUCAAUACGUUAACACUUAAAGAAAAUAUUAGAUGAAAACGUAGUUAACAAAGCUCAUUCAAACAUUUCUGAAUGUUUUCCCAGGAAGGUAAUUAAAUUUAACACUGAACAGCAUGUCAGAUUUAAGAUCAGGGUUAUUUUAGUGUGGAGUGCCAUUAGACCUUGAUCCUUGUUCCCCUUUUACAGGAAAUGCUCUUAUAGUAAAAUGGCAUGCUGACAAUCUACCCACUAAAUCCAUUUGGGUGAAAAACAGUCUGUAGUCUAUGUAUUGUUUAAGAGAGAUUAAGAGACCGACAUUCAAAAGAGCCUUGUUUCCACAUUUUGUUCACAUUUCCUAAAACACUUGUAUGCUUGGCACGGUGACAUGUUGGCAGCACUUACGGCUGUUAAAAGCACAUAAUUGUGUCUACAGAAAUAACACCUUAAUGGGCAGAAUGAUCCACUAGAGGGCACUGCUGAUACAUGUGUCUAAGUGUGAAUUCUGAUUCAGUUUGGCUUGAACAUUGGUAAUUUCAUUAUAUAAAAAAAAAAAACAUUCGCAAUUCAAUGCAGUUACAUAUAAAAUUGAAUUCAGUGAGUAACCUUUAAUAGGAGCUGAAUUGGUAUCUGGGUAUUAAAAUUGUCUGGACAGAAAAUUGCCAAAAAUUGAGAUUUUGCACAAAAAUAAGCUAAAUAUACUAAGGAUGUAAUAAGGAUGUAAUGACGUUCAAAUCCUGCCAAGGCUUAAGAGGAGCCUGAAUUGAGGCAUGGAUGUUAAAGUUAGGGAGCAACAAUGGAAAUAAAAAGAGACAGUGGGGAGGUAAGAAGGGAAAAAAGAGGAGCAGGAACAAAGCAAUUUUUUUUUGUUUUUUUAACGAAAAAGUUGUAAAAUGGUCUUCACUCUUGAGAGGAAUAGAGAGGGCAUCAAUUUUGUUGAUUAGCACCUUGUAAAAUCUUAAAAAGUUGCUUGUACUGGGCCAGUACAAACUUUUAAGUACUUUAAUAUGUAAAAUUACACUUCAAAAAGUUACAACACAAAUAACACUAUCCAUGAAGUGGCCCUUUGAAGAUAUCUGUCAAUUACAAGUAGGGGAUUUUAUGACCUUUCCAGAAGGUUGUUGAACAUCAUAACAGCCUCUUUGCACAGUCAAACAGCUACAAAAAAACAACCUCAUACUCAUUUUAAAACUCCUUUCACUGCAAGAUUCUAGGUCAAACUUGGCAUAAAACACAAGUAGCCUAUAUGAGUGUAAAUGAAAGUGAUAUUAAUCAUUUUAGCCCACCAGUUGAUUAAAUAAAAAAUGUCACAUUUACAUCUAUGUAAUGCACCAAA